CGCCGCGUCCCGAGCGGCCGGCGGCCGGGGCUCGCCCCCGCCCCUCCCUCCUCUCCGGCGGCGGCGGCGGCGGGCGGAGUGAGCUGCGGAGCCUGGAAUAUGGUCGGGGAAAUGGAAACGAAGGAGAAGCCGAAGCCCACCCCAGAUUACCUGAUGCAGCUGAUGAACGACAAGAAGCUCAUGAGCAGCCUGCCCAACUUCUGCGGGAUCUUCAACCACCUCGAGCGGCUGCUGGACGAAGAAAUUAGCAGAGUACGGAAAGACAUGUACAAUGACACAUUAAAUGGCAGUACAGAGAAAAGGAGUGCAGAAUUGCCUGAUGCUGUGGGACCUAUUGUUCAGUUACAAGAGAAACUUUAUGUGCCUGUAAAAGAAUACCCAGAUUUUAAUUUUGUUGGGAGAAUCCUUGGACCCAGAGGACUUACCGCUAAACAGCUUGAAGCAGAAACUGGAUGUAAAAUAAUGGUCCGAGGCAAAGGCUCAAUGAGAGAUAAAAAGAAGGAGGAGCAAAAUAGAGGCAAACCCAAUUGGGAGCAUCUAAAUGAAGAUUUACAUGUACUAAUCACUGUGGAAGAUGCUCAGAACAGAGCAGAAAUAAAACUGAAGAGAGCAGUUGAAGAAGUGAAGAAACUACUGGUACCUGCAGCAGAAGGAGAAGACAGCCUGAAGAAGAUGCAGCUGAUGGAGCUUGCAAUUCUGAAUGGCACCUACAGAGAUGCCAACAUUAAAUCACCAGCCCUUGCCUUUUCUCUUGCAGCAACAGCCCAGGCUGCUCCAAGGAUCAUAACUGGGCCUGCGCCUGUCCUCCCACCAGCUGCCCUGCGUACUCCUACGCCAGCUGGCCCUACCAUAAUGCCUUUGAUCAGACAAAUACAGACCGCUGUCAUGCCAAACGGAACUCCUCACCCAACUGCUGCAAUAGUCCCUCCAGGGCCCGAGGCUGGGUUGAUCUACACACCCUAUGAAUACCCUUACACGUUGGCACCAGCUACAUCAAUCCUUGAGUACCCUAUUGAACCCAGUGGUGUUUUAGAGUGGAUUGAAAUGCCAGUCAUGCCUGAUAUUUCAGCCCAUUGACUUGCUGGAUGAAGGACUAGAACACAGCAGCUGUUCUAGCACGACCAGUCAGUGUGGGACAGCUGUUUCCACGCAGCCCUUUUGUUUCACCAGACAGAAUCUGAACACUUUCUUUCCUGAAUUGUAUAUGACUUGGUGCUGCAUGCAUGCUGUUGACUUUUAGGACUUUGUUCUUUUAAAGUUUAUUUUUCCCAAGCAUUAAUAUUGAUUUAUAAAAAUUUGAAAAUCUUUAAUGAACCCGGAUAUUAAGAUUUAAGCUCGAAAAUUCAUUGUUCAAUUAAAGAAAGCCACAAUGCUCUGUAUGUUAUCUGUGUGUGUGCAUGCACUCAGGUGCCUUUUGUUUUAUGAACAAAUACAUUUUAUUGUACAUGUUUUCUGUCUAAAUCAUUGUAUAAAGUAAUUACAGGUCAGAAUUAUACCACAGAAUAUUGAUGAGAGGCUUGUUUCUGUUGCACAUUUCUUGAACAUUUUUAAAAUAACAUGUAACCUAUAACCUUAUUUAAGUUUUCCUUUCUAUUAAUACUCUCUCCUGUGGCCCCAUGCAUGCUCCUUCCCCCUAGAAAUCCUCUCUGCUGCACCCACAGCAUCUGUUCCUGAGGAGUUAGGAUCCUUAAUUUUCUGUAGGGCUGAGGCUCUUAGCCACCAGCUACUGUUCCAGGACUUUUGAGUCCAAGAUCUCCCUAGUUUUGCCAUGUAGUAUUACACUUGUAUACAAUUAGUUUAUCCAAGAUGAAAAAGGGGGUGAUGGACCAGUUUACUGCUUAGAAACAGCAAGAGGCACUGCUGUAAACUUUAUUUCUUAUUAUAAACUAACAUGCUUUUGUUUCCAUUGGGAAAUUUUUCAUUGUUAAGACCCACUUAUUAGACUGGCAAAAUUAAGAGCAAAAUACAGAGAUACCUAUUUGGCAUUCAUAAGGUGAUUAAUAAUAUGCACCAAAUUGGGAGGGGGCUAUCAUAAUCAGUGUUAUUUAUUGCUUUGCUACCUAAGCAGUAAAACAUGAUAUUGACCCCUUGGAGAAUAGAGGGGAUUAUUAUAAAUUACCAAGUUACAAUAAAUUUGCACACAGAUAACAUGCAUGCUAUAUAUCAAAUCUCACAUUAAACGAUUUUAAAAUAAGCAGUGCCUUUCAAAACAGAUGCAGACAUGUGUGUUGGUGGUAGUGAGGAGAUUGGUAUUAGCAUCAAAUCUUCAUUGAUGACUAAUUUUUAAUUCCCUUCCUUUUAUCUUUAGGUAUGGCUUUCCCAGCGAAAGGCUAAGAAUUCAAGAUCGGUCUUAACUGAACCCUCAUCAAAUCUGAAUUUAACAAAUGCUUAGUCUCAGCAGCCUCCGGGGAAAAAGCUUAGCCUAGCAGUCAGUGGCUUACUUGCACUUUUUGCACAUAGAUAUAAAGUAAAACCAUGUUAUUAAUUUGGUUUAGUCUGUAAUAUGACAAAGUAACGGUAAUUUAUAAAGGAGUGUAUAGUAGUGUACUGACUGCUAAGUGUACUAUACUGUUUGCUUUACUAAUCACCUAAUUCAUUGCAGUUCAUACUUAUUGACUCAAAGUUUUAAACCACAAUCUGUAGGCUUUAAGAAUUGCUUUUAAACCUUUUUAAAUAAUAAACUCUGGAAGUGGUCUUAAGGUUAGCAAAUAAUUGUCAGUAUUAAACAUGGCAUUAUUUAAGUAGUCCUGCUGCAAGAAAGGCACUUCAGUGAAUAUGUGACUAGUAAAGCUCAAAUAUGUUUGGAUCUAAUAGAGUCACGAAAUACUGUAACUUGGGGAUUGUAAAUGAAUGGAUAAAAUAGGUUAAGGCCAACAUGUUUGAAAUGAAUGCAAUAUUAAUAGAUGCAUAUAUAUGUGACAUAUAAUGGUUAAUUUUAAAACUACUGUGCCUUAACGUGUUUCUUAAAACAAACUUUUGUAGUAAAUGAACAUUUGAAAGAAAUCCAUUUUGAUAAACCUGCUGUUAAUGUUUUUUUCCCCUUCUGUAUGUUUUCUAACUUUGUCUUGGUAAUUGCAAUUUAACUAGGUGCGGUGGCUACUAAAGUUCGAAGGCACGAUAUGCGUGUCCAUCCUUACCAAAGGAUUGUGACCGCAGACCGAGGUUAGUUUAGUUCUGCAGUUCUUGUUUAUAAGAAAUGCGUUGGAUGUCCAUAAAAUUUGCAACACCACACCUGAUAGAAAAAUGUAACUGCUUACCUGUACACUGUUUCUUUUCCUUUUCUAAAUUCUUUUAUAAUAAUUGACAAAUUUAAGGGUUGGGUUUUUUGUUUUCUUUUUUUUUUUUUUGCUCCCUUUUUAUUUUAACUUAUUAAAUCUUCUAUUACUAUGAUUUAUUUCUACUAAAACAUAAAUUAGUCAAUUUGGGGAACUAUUAAAUUUUUAUUUUGCCUUAACUAGUUUUCAUUAAUAACUUUUGCUAAAAUUUACCUUUUAAUCAUUCUGAAAUUUUGGGUUGGUAUUGCAAAAUGAAUUGAAUGGAUGGUGCUUUAAUGAGAGAAGUAAAGGAAUAUAUGCCUCCUGUGUACUUUUGGAGAAAACUGAAGAUUUAGUUUCCAUUUCUCUUUGUAAUAAAACACUUGAGCCACUGUAUAAACAUGAGGGUAUACAUGUCAAGUACUUAGCUGAAAUCAACAAAGUCAGGACUGUGAAGAUAACUUUCAUGUAGUUGGAUUUUUUUUUUAAUAAAUUAGAAAAUCAGCUCCCUCUUAUUCUUACGUUUUCUUGCCAAAAUGGAUCCUUUGAUUUUUGUCAUUUGCUGCUAAAAAUUAUUUGAAGGUAGAUGAUCUCCUCAAGUUCUGUGGUGUGUGAGAUCCAGCUUUUGGAUAUCCUUUUGGACUGACCUGUGACUGGAAAAUAAGUCUUCAUUUUUCUCCUUUGAACAUUUGUAAUUUGUGUCCUAUAUUUGCCCUUGGACCCUUUUAUAAAUUAUUUAUGCUUAUGGAGAAGUGAUAUUUUCGGUUUAUUGACAUUGAAUGGUUUUUGUUUUUUCAUCAAAAGAUAGGGAAACCCAAGCAUGGUUGAAAAGCAUCUUCAAAACUCUUCUGUUAGAACACAUUUAUUACUAAUUAAAUGGGUUAAAGACUCUUAAUAUUAUUAGGGGAAACUGAUGAAUUUAUACUCCAUUUGUACAUCCUCUAUCAAUUUGAUCAGACAAAUAUAGACCGCUAUCAUACCAAACAGAACUUGUCACCCAACUGCUGCAAUAGUACCUCCAGGGCCCGAGGCUGGGUUGAUCUACCUAGUGCUUCAUGGUUACCUGGAGUACUAAUGAUAAAUACUGGACACAGUUGUUGUCCACAUUAGAAAUAAAAGAUUUUUCCAGUGACCUUGAUGACAUUUAUUUAGCAUCACAAUAAUGAGAGAUCCUUGUAAACUUUUAAUGAAUAUAAUUUGUAGUGAUUUUUCAAUGAACUCUGAGUAGUAGACUCCAAGUUCAGUGAUUAUCUAUGAAAAUAGUGCUCCUUUUUAAAGAAGUAUUUUCAUUUAAGAUUUUUCUAUCCCUGUAUGCCCUUCUUUCAGAGACUUGUCUUAAUUUUAACACAGUAAUUAUUGGUUUAUUUAUUUCUCCAAUGCCUUCAGAUAGUUGAAAAUAUUAGAGGAAGAUUUUAUUAAGUAUUUGGAAAACAACAACACAUUCCAUGCAUGGCUCUUUUGUAGUGAUAUGUAUUUUGAUUAAUUUUGCUACUUUCAAAAUGCAAUGUCAGCAAACCGAAAUGCUGUUUUUUUUUUGUUUUUUUGUUUUUUUUUAAAUAGUAACAAUAUUCAUUCAUUCUUAUUAUCACUAUGUGCACUCUUUGGGUCUAAGGGAGAUGUCUGAAGCCUUCACUUAAAUUAUUUUAUUAUACUACUGUUUUCUCUAUUUUUGAGGUUUUUUUUUUAUUUUUAAAAGUAUUUUGAAGAGAACUUAUUAUAAGCAUUUUGGAUGAAAGAAAACUCAGCCCUUGGACAUAUAACCAUGUAAUUCUAUAUGAUCAUUUAGAGUACUAUGUGAUAGACAAAUAUCUAGUUCUUUACUAAAAAUAAACCCACCUCUACAAAUAUUUCAAAACUAAAUUUAAAGCCUUUAAGACCAAGUGACUUUUUAGUUGUAAUGAAAUAUAUAAAUGGUUUUGCACAGUUGACAUACCUGUGUGUACUGUAUGAGACCAGGACUUGGCAGAGGAUAUAUUUUAGGUGUACUGGUAUAUAUAAAUGGUAGUUUGCUUUGUUUUUCUCCUCCACAGCCCCCACAAUCAGAAAUUUUUCUGAAUAAUGAUUUUACAAAAACCAUUACUUACAUAAUUUGGAUAAGCUUAAACCAUUUUAAUCAGAAUUUUAAGUAAUAUCUAAAAUGCUUUAAAAUUCAUAUUUUGGAAUACCUGUGAAGAAGUAGUGUGACUACAUCAUAUUAAAUAUUUAUUUUCUCCUUUGAUUUUUGGAAGAGCAGUUCUAAAAAUAUUACAUAAAAUUCUACUUUUUAAGACAUUCUGGGAAGAUUUGGUCACAAUGAGGAUACCAUAUUUUUGUAGUAUUUAUAAACUAUCCUAAAUGAUAGACUAUAGUAGAAACAUUUUCCUCAUAUGAAGGUAAAUCAGUCCAUCAUAGAGAUCAUUUAAACUCUGUGAACUUUAUGCCUGCUGGGUUUCAAUUUAUGAAGUGGCACAGAAUCUUAACUUUGCACUGAGUAUCUUUUCAUUCACAUCUCCUCUGCCUUAGUCACAAUGGCAACAGUACAGAAAAUUCUAUCAAACCUCAGAAUAUAGUAGAAAUAAUUAAGCUGUUGAAUAUGAGUCUUAAAAAUCAUACUACUGUUAAGUGGACCAAGUUUGGUGAAGCAGAAUGUGACAGAGGUUGGUUAAGGAAGGAACAACUCAAGGACAUUGGGAAUGAUAACUUUUCCACUUGAGAACUACUUUAUGUUUUACUGUAAUUUAAAAAAAAAACAACAAAAACUUUUUUUUGUUCUUUUUGUUAUUUUGCAAAAGAAAAUAGUAUUUACAGGUGGCUUCUUUUAAAAUAUAAAAAUAUAAAGCAGGAAUGUAUAUGAAAUGUCAGAUUUUAUUGUAUUUGCAGAGUAUUAGCUUUGAAAUUGAAUAAAGAAAGCUGUUUGUAGAUUUAAAAUGCCUUAUUGGUAUCAAUUAGAAAUUUCUUCUAUUUUUUUGAUGUACUUAGAGCUCUUUGAGGUAUAGAAUUUUAAAUGGCAGGAUUUUACAGUGUUUACAUGCAAGUGCAUUUUAUAAGUGUUCUAUAUGUGUAAAAUAGUAUUUUCAACUGGAAAUUGUUGGCCAGUGCAGAAGGCCUGGCCUUUUUCUAGUUCCCAUGAUGUUGCCUACACUGCUAGACUACAGUAUUGCUUUGUAUCAUGAGGCCAAGAAACUCCAUGUUGUUUGUAAAUAGAAUAAUUGAAAAAGCAAUAAACAUUUAUUGAACAAAAGAAA